AGUCCGGGCUUCGGAGAGGUGAAAGGGCGAAGAACCGGCCGAACGAUGCUUGCACUUCGGCUGGCGGUGUUUUUGCGGAGGCAGCUGCUGGCUGCGCGGGAGAAGGCGGAGGAGACACCUGCGCAGCUGGCUCGCUCCGCUCGGGUUACUUUCUGGUUACUACCUCUGCUUUAAGGUCUUCAGGGCGCUGUCCACUCAGAUGUUCCCGUAGGCGAGAAGGGCAGCAGCUGUGCCAGAAGAAACCACGGCCCUGAAUUCUAGCCUCCCGAGUUGCUGGGAUUACAGGCAUGCGCCACCAGGCCUGGCCGAGAAAAAUAGCUUUUAAAACAGUGUCUGCGUAUGAAAGUACUCGAUAAAUACAACUAUUAUUAUCUAAUACAGCAAAACAUUUCAAGAAGCAUAAGACACAGGAGAAAGAACAUCUAAAAGUGAAAGGCAAAUGAGAAGACAGGCACUACCUCCUAGAACAGAGAAAAUGGCUGUUGACCAGGACUGGCCUAGUGUUUACCCUGUUGCAGUGCCUUUUAAGCCCUCUGCAGUGCCUCUACCUGUUCGGAUGGGUUAUCCAGUGAAAAGGGGUAUUCCCAUGGCAAAGGAAGGAAAUCUAGAACUUCUAAAGAUCCCUAAUUUUCUGCACUUGACUCCUGUAGCAAUUAAAAAGCACUGCCAAGCUCUUAAAGAUUUCUGCACUGAGUGGCCAGCUGCACUAAACAGUGAUGAGAAGUGCGUAAAGCAUUUUCCAAUAGAAAUUGACACUGCUGAUUAUGUUUCAUCAGGACCGUCUAUUCGAAACCCUAAAGCACGAGAAGUAACCUUAAGGGUGAAACUUUCCAGUUUGAAUUUAGAUGAUCAUGCAAAGAAGAAAUUGAUUAAACUUGUAGGAGAACGAUACUGUAAGACUACAGAUGUACUCACCAUCAAAACAGAUAGAUGCCCCUUAAAGAGACAGAACUAUGAUUAUGCAAUGUAUCUACUGACAGUAUUAUACCACGAAUCUUGGAAAACUGAAGAAUGGGAAAAAAAUAAGACUGAAGCAGAAAUGGAAGAAUAUAUAUGGGAAAAUAGCUCCUCAAAAAAAAAUGUCCUGGAAACACUUCUCCAGAUUAGCGCUGCUGAGAAAAAUCCAGAAGUAAACGAAGAAGAGCUCCUUGGAACUAAAGAGGUUGAAUAUUACCAAAAAUCUCUUGUUAGUCUUAAGAAUGAGGGGGAAAAUGAAGUUACCCUUUCUCGGUACAAAGAGUCAGUGAAGAGACUGUUAAAUCUAACAUAAGCUGUGAAGUGGGAAGAUCCGCUUUCAUGUAAUCAAUAUCUAAUGUGAUGUAAAAGUGGAAAACGUUUAAAAGCCACCCGAGAGUUAAUUUUAAAAUUAUCUGUAAUACUAAUGUGCAAUGGCUGGUUAUUUCAAAAUUUGCUAAUUUAUUCACUGAGACAAUUCGACUAAUUAGAAGAUCUUCAAGAUUUCUCAGAUUCUAAAGUGUUUUAUUUCUACAUGACAAUGUAAUACUCAUAUUUACAUAUAUUUAAUUGUGAUUUUUGUCACUAGCCACAUUUCUUUCACCACAAAUUGGCAUUUAGCGUUGCUUUUGAAUAAAUGCUUCCAGUUACUGAAAAUGUCUGCAAGAACCCAGCCUCUUGAUUUGCAGUGCAGCUCUGUUUAUUGGCCUGCUAGCUACACACUCCAUCUUAUGCAGUACCCAGACAGGUCCUUGAGUGUAUUUUCAAUCUAAAAAGUUUGUCCAUCCUUCCCUUUGAGAGGCAUUUUCUGUUGAUUCAACUGUUUGAUCCUACUUUAUUCUAGAGCUCAUUUUGCUGGCAGAAAAAAUACAAUUGGAGAUGAGCUGGAUGCCUCUGAAUGCCCCAGUUAGGCUGCCACAGAUCAGGAAAGAGGAAGUAUGGAACAAAUGACAAAAUGAAAAUUGCCCAGAGAAACAUUCCAUUGAAGUUAGCCUCCAGUUCAGUGUUUUGUUUUGUUGCUGGGGAUUGAACCCAGGGCGUCACUUAAACUAAGCACACAUUCUAC